AGAGACAGGGCGGCCUUGCCUUUGUUUUGAGCGAUGUCGCGUCUUCCCUUGCCUGAGAACCCGCCUCUUGUUUACGAGCAGUCGCUCGGCAAGGAUGUGGCCGUACAGGAGGAUGUUAAGCCUAUUAUCGAAGCGCAGGCGGAGAGAGAAGAGCCUGUCGUUACGAGGAAGGAGCUUUGGAGUUACUACUUGUACUACAAUGGUGACAAUGGCGUCGGGCCUCUCGGCUUCUCCAUGACACUUUUUCAGUCGCUUGCCACCUCGGCGGGCUACGACCCCGUCAAGGGUCCGGGCUCGUCCUGCACAGCAUCUGGCGCAUCUGGGCAGUGUGUCCUCCCGUGGGCAGGCGGCACCAAGUCUGUCAACUCAAUUGUGCUAGUCGCGACUGGUGUCAGCUUUGCGGUUAUGGCGCUCAUGUUCACGACAAUUGGCUCAGCAGCGGAUUACGGCCGCUUUGGCCGCUGGCUUCUGCUUGUCGUCACUGUCAUCUGCUGGGCGUCUCAGUUUGCGAGCAUGUCUUUGACGAGCCCCGACAGAUGGGGUGCAGCCAUGGCGCUUUACAUGGUCGGCUUCAUUUCGUACGGAGCGACACUCGUGUUCUAUGCAGCUGCGUUCCCGCGACUUGCUCGUAACACAGCACAUUCGCGCGACCUGAAGCGCAAAUACGAAGCUGGAGAGAUUCCGCGGGAGGUGUACGAGGUCGAAGAGUCCAUGGAGAAGAAUAGGAUUAGUAACAUCAGUACGAUGCACAGCAAUAUCGGUUACAUUGCGACGUUGUGCUUGAACCUCACGCUGCUGCUCCCGCUGCAGAACAACCCCAAAGUUGACAACUACGUACUCGUCCUCGUUAAUGGCUAUUGGAUUCUGCUCGGUAUAUGGUGGUUCAUUUUUCAACAGCCUCGCCCAGGUCCACAGUUGCCCAAGGGUGAACACUAUCUCACGAUUGGUUGGAAGCAGAUCUGGUACGCACUGAAGCAAUACAAGAAGCUGCCAUACACCUUCAUCUAUCUAUUCGCAUUCUUCCUCCUUGCGGACGGACUGAACACGACCGGUACUCUGGUAUCAAUAUGUCAGAAUGACAAGUUCUCGUUCUCUUUCCUGCAGAACACGUACCUCGGCCUUGCACAAGCUAUCACGUCGACCGCGAGCACGCUUGGCUUCUGGUAUAUCCAGAGGUGGUGGAAGAUCAGCACUAAGAAGAUGUUCAUUGUGACGAAUGUCGUUACAAUUCUGAUACCGCUGUGGGGGAUGAUUGGCCUUUGGACGAAUAAGUUUGGGUUUCACAAUGUAUGGGAGUUCUGGGCUUACAACGUUGUAUUCGGCCUCUUCCAAGCCCCAUACUACGCCUUUUCACAGACUAUGAUGGCCGAGCUUACGCCUCCAGGUUUCGACAAUAUGUUCUUCGGGCUCUUUGGCCUCUCGAAUCGCGCCUCGUCGAUGAUCGGCCCGAACGUCGUCCAGGCGAUCAUUGAUGAUACGGGCAACAACUGGAGGGGCUUCCCAUUCCUCUUCGCGAUGUGCACCGCCGCAAGUCUCAUCAUCUGGUUCUUUGUGGAUGUGAGGACGGGUAGACGCGACGCUGUGGCAUGGGCAGAGAAGAAUCGUCUGUAUGCCGAGACGGGCAUCUUGGCCGAGGACGAGUCGGUGGACGAGAGGGAGUAUGGGAAGAGAAGGUAACCAAAGAUCGCUCUCAACCGUCACCGUACUGCUUGUUGUCCGGUGUACACCUCUCGCCCGUUGUCCUCCCUUUGCAACGAACGUGUAAUUACUUGCCAUCUCGCCACAUGCAACGUCAUGGCUCGUUUUGGCGACAAUCAAGAUUUGA